AUGAUUUCUAUUGAGGGGGACAACAAUUUAAUUAAGCAGUUAAAUAACUGUUUAAGUUGUCUUUUAAGAGGAUUUAAAUGCCAGGAUGUGCUGGUAAGAAUCACUAAUGAGUAUUUAAUGCUUUAUUCCUUUCCAUUUGGUGGGUUUUCUUCGUGCUUCCAGUUCAAUUUUGAUGGUAGACUGUUUGAUGUAUUUGAAACUGGAGAUAUUGUAGAGUUCGAACGAAUAUAUAAGGUAGAUUCACUUAUUAAAUGUUUUAACAAUACCCAAUGGAUUAAAGCCACCAGAUUUAUUUUUGAAAUUUGUGGAAAUGAUGAUGAUACUUUAAAGGUUACUGUACAUGGAAAAAAUGGAAUAGUAAGAAAGCACCGAGUAUACCCAGUUAUUGGCCAUCAAGAUAAAAUUCUUCUUCAUGAAAUGAUUCUCUGGAAAAGAAGACAUGGAAUAAGGAUAUCUUCUGGUCUUCUUAAGGACAUAUUUGGUUAUAUGGAGAUUAAAGAAUCCAAAAUGACUCUCUCAAUUUCAUCCCAAGAAUCUUUAAUUUCUAUUAAAGUUCAACCAAUUGGAAACUUAGCAUAUGACAUUCCAAUAGCUGGACCAUCGAUUGGAACUGGAAAUAUUGGUGGAAAUAGUAUCUCAAAUAACUCCACCUAUCAAGAUAUUCAAAUCAAAAAAGAACAAAUUGAAACACUGAGUUUGUGUAGGAGUAUUCUGGAAAACAGUAGUUUCACUUUCAAUUCUAGGGAAUUUAAGGUUGCUAUUGCUUUAGCAGAAAAUUGUCAACUUCCCGUAUUCCUUACUCUGAGAGCACCAGGAUCUCCCCUAAUUAUUUCCAUUGGCCAAAGAGCCAUUAUUGACCAGAUGUGCGUCUCAGAUCUUGAAAAAAAUAUUAUACCUUUUGAAUAUCAUUGGGAGAAGCCUCUUUUCCAGUCACAGCUUUUUGAAAUUGAUAAUGAUUACAUCGAAAAGACCCAAAUCACUACUGGAUUCUCAGCUGUCUUUCUCUUAUCAACUGCCAUAAACCCAGAUUCAACUUCUGACCCAAUAACCUCCUUUAACUCUCCUAAUGAAUACAAUGAACAAGAUGUUCAGGACCAGGACCAGGGCCACCAUGUUCCCAUGAACAUUAGUCAAAAGUCCGAACCUGGGAAUCAAAAUUUCGCUUCUUUUAAAACCAAUUCAGACAUACCAACAGAUAGCUCUCCAACCUUCUCCAAAGUCAUCCAAGAAGCCCCUUCUGAAGAUCACAAAACUGAGAAUGAAGCUGAAGUUCUAAAUUUCUCUUUCUCCAAACUAAAUCACUUCGAUCUUCAUGAAAUGUUUCAAAGAUUUGGAAUUGAAAACCAGGAUGGCUCUGGAGAUCUUGAAAACUCCAGCUACCCUGCAGUUGAGAUCCCCCCAAAAGAUCAGGGAGUCAAGAGCUUUGAUUGGAUUGCCACUUUAAUGUGGUAA